UCAACAUCCCUCCUAACCCGGAAGUGUGGUUUUGUGCAGCCAGUUCAGCAGGUUUCAUUUCAAUAUGUCUCAAAUCAAAACAGUAAUUUGGCCUAAAGUGAUUUUAUUUGGGGACUCCAUCACACAGCUUUCAUUUCAACCCAAUGGUUGGGGUGCAGACAUUGCCCACAAGCUAGCGAGGAAGUGUGAUGUUUUAAACAGAGGGCUGUCUGGCUACAACUCCAGGUGGGGUAAGAUACUGCUGCCUCGCCUCUUCAGCAGCACAAACCCAGAAGAAAACAACAUAGCUGCUGUCACGGUCUUCUUUGGAUCCAACGACUGUGCUCUGCAAGAUAAAAACCCACAGCAGCACGUCCCUCUGCAGGAGUAUUCAGAGAACCUGAAGGAGAUCACCAGGCUUCUGGCUUCAGUGGGAGUGUCAGCAGACAGAGUCAUCUUCAUCACCCCUCCUCCCAUUAAUGAGUCCGCGUGGGAGAAGGAGUGCAUUGUGAAAGGAUGUACGCUCAAUCGCCAUAACUCUGUAGCGGGUCAGUAUGCCCAGGCGUGUGUCCAAGCUGCCAGUCAGUGUGGUGCAGACGUGCUGGACCUCUGGACACUCAUGCAGAAAGAUGGACAGGACUACACAGCCUUUCUGUCUGACGGGCUGCAUCUGUCCCAGGAGGGGAACCAGUUUGUGUCUCAGCACCUGUGGGAGCUGCUGGAGAGUCGCGUGGCCCACCUGCCCUUCAUCCUGUCGUACUGGGGGGACGUGGACACCAAGAGCCCCGAGAGCAGCCUCCUCUGUGACCAGUGAGGGAGAGGUUCUGAAAUAUCAUACAGGGAUGGAUAAUCUGUGGAGGACUAAUGUUAAUUCCAGAGUAACCGGAGAGCCUCACACACUGCAUUCCUGCUUUUAAACAACAAAGCAGCUUUGAUCAGUUUUUUUCCAUUAAAAUGUGACGAAUGUUUGAAAUGCACAAUAAAGAUAUUUUUAUUUUGA